AUGACGUACACGAGGGAGAAAUCUGACUCGAUUAAGAAUUCGAGAAAAUCUACCAUCUCUUCACAGCAGCGUGGGAAGAAUAAAGUCGACAUUCGAAAUCACAUCAUAAAUGAAUCAGCGACGAUCGGCGAAGAUCAGGAAAGUAGCGCGGCUCUAAACAGAUUUCUGGAUGAUGUUUUGAAAGCGCAGAAUGAUUUGAGGUGGAUAAACCACGCUAGCCCUCGUGUUAAUCAUAUAACUCAACUAGAUGAUUCACUGGCGCAUACAAACUGGCAUUCUACAGUAUCCGUCAACACAGAAAACGUCCUAGAGUCGACUGAUAUCGGUUAUAGAAGUAGGUUACGCGGCAAGAGAGGCUUCGAUCAGAAUUAUAAAAGGAUAUGGAUGCUGCAGAAGAAGAAAUACGGGGAAAGUACUCAGGAUGUUCCUCAGAGGGUCUAUCUGGAUAACGACAUGACAUUUAAGAGAGAGGCUGAUGACGUUGAUUUCAACAUUUUUUAUCGACCUCCUGACAUGUUAGAUAGAAGCGUCUACGAAGGAGAAGCGAUAGCCGAUCAGCCACUGAAAGAUUGGGGGAGAAAGAAGGAUCUCCAUUCCUCGGACGACUGGUCGAAUUCUAAUGAGAAUCUCAAAGUGACUAACGGCAAGAAUACAGGGCUUCGUGAUUACAACUCUGCUCCUGAAAGUCUCGCUAAUUCUGACUUGAAGGGUGAGAAAAAGCUGCGAAAUAUUAACGAUGACACGGAAAAUCAAUUAGAAAUCGUAUCGUUACACGAUCCAAUGCAUGCAGAUGAUUUUAGCGUUUUGCAGAAAUCUUUGAUUAUGAAGCGGAAAUCUCAAAAUAUGCCGCUGGAAUCUUUGAAGAAGAUUGUGUUAGAUUUAAAAAAUAAAUCUAGCUGGUGGGAUCAUCCAAGAGCGGUAGCUGAAAUAUUUGACUUGGAGAGAGAUCUUGAGCAACAUCCAUAUAAAGAGACAAUAUGGAGAAUUAAGAGAGCUAAAAAUAUAGACAGUGAAGCUGAAAGUGACCCGAGAAUUUCUCAAGAAGUGGAACUUCGAAAGUAUCUUGGAAAAGAAAAUUUGGGAGAAUUACAUGAUCGCGCUAAACGCAGUAGAAGAAGCUUCAACUCAGAUUUAAAUAAUCAGAAGGAUAUUCCUGAAAAUAAAAGCCAUCGGGAAGCUCAGAUAAUUAAAGACUCUCUUGGAAAUAUAACCGGGAUACAAAAAAUCAAAGGAGUACACUUGUAUUCUGAUUAUCUUAAUAACGAUGGAAGAAGUUUAACGAGGAUUUUAAAUAAGCUGAACAUUUCCGACUCGCAGUAUCCUUUAGACAAAGGGUCUUUCUUAAACAAUCGUUUUACUAAUUUAACGAUUACCUCACCGGUCCCUAACAAAGCAAACAUUUCUGAACUAAGAUAUCUUUCGGUUACAGAGCCUAACUUAAAUAAUUCUUCCGACAACAUUACAUCACUCUUUCUUGUAAAAAUCAAUCUUCAAACAUCAAAUUCACCAGAACAUAUCGCCGUAAAUGAAGUUCCAAAAAUAAAUUCGAAGAAACCUACUCAACAUUCUCUAACUGAAAAAAUAUCAAAAAAUAUUGAUAUUACAGCGGAGAACCACACCAUUUCGCUCGAUUUUGGAAAAGACUCUGCUACGUUAAGUACAUCCGUAAAUUCGAUACGUUUUUCAAUAAAUGGCGAUGCUGAUGACUCUCGAAAGUUGGCGAGAAAUAGGAAAAGCGACGAGGAAAAAUUAUCGGCGCGGAAAAAAUCGCGACUCGAUACAAAUGACGGACAAUCGAAGGACGCGAGAGAGAAGUUUCCCGAGGGAAAUACGUCGCGUGGCUUCGACACGGCAGCAAAUGAAUCGCGGAGAAUCCACGCCGAGACAAUCGCGGCUACAAAAAGAGAAGAGCUCGAGACGAGCAGGAUGCGGGAGGAAAACCGCGAGCUGAUACCUGGCGUGAUCAAGGUCUUUGAGUCUCGGGAACGUCCGUAUCAAGAGCAGGAGAUAGAGGCGAGAUUGUUGGGGCGAAUGAGAGAAGACGGGACGUUCGCGGAGCAGACGAGAACGAACGAUGCCGACGAGUCAACGGAUGCAAAUGUAAGGGAAGACUCUUCGAGCUCGAUUGAUCUCAUUAUCGAUGCGACAAUGAAACUGGAAGCUGCGAAUGUAUUCGCGUCCGAGAGCGGUGAAUCGAUAAUACCGAAAGAUCGACGCGAGGAUCUCGCUUCCAUGAUUGUAGACAACGAUUUGCGAAGGCAGCAACAGAUGGUUCCGUCUCUAAGUGCGACGAAUAGCAGCGCAAAUAAAUCGAAUGGAAAUUCGGAUACCGACAGAAUCGAUAUUCGUGUUGUCGGGUCAAACGGAAAUGAGACUAUGAAUGUAAAGGAGGGCACGCGAACUAUAACGGAGGCUCGCGAGUAUCACGAGCCUGAUAGCCAUUUACGGAGAAGAUUAUUAUGGAUUUUUACAGUUUCCGUCGACGCCGAAACUGAAGAUUCUUUGACAAAGAGCACAGAAUCAGUUCUUAAUUCCACAACUGAGAAUCAUAUCGAAAAUGUUAUGAAUGAGGAUCGGCAAAGUAAAAUAAUUAAUUCUGCAAAUUCUAGAAAAGUUUCAAUUAGAGUCAAACGCGACGAUAACGCUGAAGAAAAUUCUGCGUUGCAAAAUAAUUUUAAUUCUCAGAUGUCCGACGCAAAUCAUCAUGCCCGUUACAAACGAUCUACAUAUUCCUUUGAGAAUCUUGAAUCCAAUAAUGCAGCAGAGAAUGUAGAGGUUGGAAAAGAAGCGGCAGUAAAUCACGAUGAAAAAGAAGAAAAUAAUGAAGAGUAUGAAAAUGUCGAAAGAGUUAAAGAGGAUUAUAAUGACAGUGAAGAGGAUGUAAUGGAAGAUGAUGAUAGAGCAAUGGAAAGCGAAGGUUCAUCUAGGCAACGGAUCGAUCCUGUGAAGGCCAAAGUCGAUAUGCUAAUUAAGCAAAAGCUUGAAAAGAAGUAUAAAGACAAGGGUGGCGAUUACAGAAGAAAAAGACGUAGUAUGUUGGAUAUGAUCGAAUAUUACGAUUAUGAAGAUAAUGAAGAACAAGAGCGCGAUGCGCCAAUAAAAGAGCAGAAAAUUCGGAAUAAAAAUGAUAAACUUUUAAUCAAAGAUGAAACAUCGAAAGAGAUAAAACGUGCUGAUUUAGGAAAGAAGAAAAACGAGAACAUCGAGGCGAUGAUGAAGGAGAAACACAAGAAGGCAAAGUACAAAGAGCCAAAGGAACAAAUAGUCGUCGAUCUUGGCGAACGUAAGAAUAAGACUUUAAAAAAUGAGCAGAAAGACAAGAAGCCGUCCAGUGCAUCAAAAUCAAGUCUUAGAGAUGUAUUAAAUAAAGGAAGACAACUGUCGAUUGAGGAAAACUCGGGAAAGGUUCAUCAAAAUGAAGAUUUUACGAAUAAUAUUUAUCGAGGAGAAUCGACAGAUGCAAAAUCGAAAUGGUUGGACCAAUCAUUUGAGAACAAAAUGGCAUUGCCGAAGAAUUCAGAGAUGGCAUUAGACGAUAAUCAUAGAAAGCAAAUUAGUUUGAAUGAACCUUUAGAAAUCAUAUCAAAUGCACGUAUAGACACAAAUCCUGAUGUUAUCGAAAAUAUUUUGUUAGAUAUUCAGCCUAUCAAAAUCUUGGAGCAAAACAGAGAGUUAGAGGCCUGGAAAGAUUUUUAUGAAGAUUUUGAAAACGGACGACCGGAAGAUCAUUAUUAUUAUCAAGAAAAUGAUCAGAGACAUCCGAACAAUGUCGAGCCUCUGUACGAGGAAUUGAAGAACGUGUACGAUUGGCCUGACGGUGAAUUAAAGAGCGGACCCCGCCUCAGGGGUGAUCAAAGACUGCGCUAUGAAUCGGAUAAUAAACUCGACACGAAUUCCUCUCAAUUACAGCCAUUGAAUGAUAGAUUCUUCGGCUUGAAUCAAAACGACAAUGAACAAAAAAGAUACCAAUUGGCCGAUACAUCCUCGACAAGUUUGAAUAAUAUUGCGACGGACAAUUACAUCACACUUAAAGUAACGGAUGACAUGCUUAAAGGUGAUCUCGAACAAAGUGAUUCUACGAAAGAAAAUUCGCCAAAUAUAUUUUCCGUCACUACAUCUAUCGAAUCAAGUGUAUCUAAAAUUGUACAAGAUGAAGAAGGAAAUAAUCUGUCUCCCGAAAGAAAUGCAUUAAAACGGUCAAAGAUCAACGUAGAUUCCGGUUCUCCUUAUGAAAAUCAAAAAUACAUCGAGUCCGAGACGCGUAAAGUACUGAAACGAAAUCUGAAUCCGGAGAAACAAGCGGCGAUUAGUUCGCAAGACUUACACGAGUCAUUUGUAGAGUCUUUAGAUUGGCACGAUGAUUUGGACGAUAACGUAAAAGUCAGGUUUGGCAGAGGAUUGAAGGCCAUAGACGAAGCAUUAAUUUCCGACUCAAAUGAAACUCACGACUCAGAUAAUAAAUCAGGUGUAGCAAAUACAACGAAUAUAAAUUCUAAACUUUACAACUCCUCGCAUAUUUUUCGUCAUAAUUCAUCGAUCUCGCAUGAUUGGUAUAAUAACAAAACUGAGGACUUAAUCAAUAUAUUUAACGAUCAUCGUGAUGUAACCGAGGGGAGUGGUGAAAAGAAUCAAAGGCCAAUUUUAAUGAACACGAUUUACAUUGUGGAUGGCGAUAAGGACCUUGAAGCUGCCGAACAAAAAUACGUAAAUAAUCAAACAAGAGUGAGAAGGACAGCUGCUUCGUAUCGCACGUUUUAUGACGACGUGAACGAGAAUCAAGGCGAUUCUGAUGACGUGGAUAAAAGUCUAAGCGAUCGUUUCCAGCUUUCGAAUAUUCUCGAGGAUCAAUCCGAUGACGGGUACGCGGCCACAAAUUUGAAUAACGAUGUACAAUUCGAUCGAUACUCGCAGAUUCCUCGAACCGAUUCGAAAAAGAAGAAGAUUUCUGGGAAGAAAAAUAAAAAGAACAAGCAGCCCUCGGAGAAACAUGCAAAGAAGAAUAGUUCAAGUUCGUCUUCAAAUAGAAACAGAAGACAUCACACGCAUCGAUCCGACAUGUCGAGAGACGCUAAUCGAGACGAUUUGAAGCCAAAGAAGGAAAGCAAAAUUGAAGGGUCUUCUUUGAUCGGACGCACCAGAAUCCAGAAGAGCAAAACGGCCGAGCAAGAUCUGUUUCGUGCGGGAGUGAAUGAGGAGACACCAAGUGAAAAAGUGCUUUACGAGAACGCGGAGGAUCAGAGUACAGUGAAGCCGGAAGAAGGCAACGCACGGAGAAAGGAAAUUACGCUGCUUCUCACAGCCGACAACGUCGACGACGAGUCGCAGAUGGACAUCGCUCUUCAUGGCGAGCUAGCUGGAAAAAUCGUCGAGCAGAUAUUCGAACGGAUUCAAAAUAAUGAUCAAUUGAAAAAUGUCUUUGGUCCUGGACUUCAACGUAGUUAUAAAACUAAAGACAUGGUAUCAGCGAGUAAUAUUUAUCGGCAAGGAUUUGAUGAGGAUAAAACGAAUUACACAGAAACGAUGAUGAAGAGAGUUAAGGAGCUUCUUGGUAGAUUAAUUUUAAACGAAGUUCAGAGAAAAACGUGUGUUUCUUUAUCGCCGGAUAUGCGAGAAUUUUUAGGAUGGAUGCUGGAAGUGGAUCGAGAGGAGAAACCGUUGGAAGAAGUAUAUUCCAUAAUCCUCGAAUGUGUAUUAUAAUUAUAUCAUGUACCACCGUUGCCAUUGAUCCGUGAGGAAAUCAUCCCGGAAGAAGACUCGAGACGCAAAUUUUUAUUUGACAACAUUUCGGAGGCAGAGGAUAUUGGCGAUUUACAGAGAAAAGUGAAAGUAUUAGAUACUCUAGUAAAGGAAUAUAACGCUCUGACAGCAAAAGAGAAAACAAAGGUUCAAACAGUGCACGAUUAUUUGAUUCGUCAAUUAAAUUUACUUCUGGAACACAUCGAAGAGCGAGAAAAGAAAGGAAAGAUCGCGCCGGUAUCUAUUGGAGCAGUUAGAACUGGAACCGGAAAUAUUCUACAAUAUCAGAGCGCAAUGCCCAAUGUCACUAAUGCAAGCUCGAUGGCAAAAAAUGCAUUCUCUUUGCCAAUCGAUACGCGUAAUUUUUUUCAGUUCAACAACAUUGCACCCCAAGUGGCAGGUAGACAGCAUCGUGAUGGUCAUCAUAGAGAAACGCGCAGUCUGGAAGUUCCAUCGAAGCAACAUCGCAAAACAAAACGCCAAAAAUUUCGCAAUUAUAAGAAGAGCGAAAAUAACAGAGCAACGAAACGAAAGCACAGGAAGCAUCGCAAGCAUCAAAGUCGCGCAGGAUCAUCGCCGGGAUACAAGUCACGACAGAAGCGUGCGAGUCACGAAAGGAAGAAUUCUAUCUAUUUAGGUUACGAAGAGCCAACUAUUUACGAUUCGUUCGACCUCCUCGAUGCAAAAUUGACAGGGAAGAAGAAGAAGAGGAAACGGGAAUUGGCCGAUAAGAAAAACAUGACUACCGAAAAUGACAGGAUGCUCGAUUUGUUGCCAAUAAAGGGGAAGAAUCGCUUGGAGGACGAAGUGAUACUUCUCAACAAGCGGGAAGCUUGGAGGAAGCAGAACGAGAAACAACUGGAGGAGGUCGCCUUUGGUAAAAACAUGAGAAAUGGCACGAAGAGGGAGAAGAAACGAUUCGAGAAAUUGAUGGAAGGAGAUAAACAUAAGCUGGUUGACGAGACAAGUUUCAGAACGAAGCGGGAAGACAUCAUUCGCGGGACAUCAACUGUCAAGAGCACAGACCGUUUUGAUAAAUCUCAUUCGGUAUCCGUGGCCAGUAGUGACGAAUCAGGAAAAAUUUUGAAAACAGAUUACGAAAACAACGAUAAUGGAAAGACGAAGGAUGAGAAUAGGUUAAGAUUGGCUGAGCAUAAGAUCAAUGUUUUCACGGACAACAAAACCGAUGCUACAAUUGAUACAGCAACUACAGAAGUCAGCACGAGAGAAAAGUUAGUUAUAAACGCGGGAGCCAAUAACCAGGUUAAGGGAAAACUUUGCGCUAUAAAUCGCGAGACAAAAAUUGACAGGGCGAACGAAAGUACGACUUUCGUAAACUUGACGAGCGAUAGGAACAUUGGGGUCUCGAAGGAGCGACAGAAAGUUUCGGCACCGGAAAAAGAAGCGGAUGAUAACGCUGUAAAAUUAAAUCGAGCGACAAACUAUCGAAGCGAAGAAAUAGAUCCUGAAAUCGAGCUGAAAAAUCUGAGACAGGAACGAGAAAAAGGAAUUUACGGCGUCGCAGAUUGGAAGAUGAUCGACUUUUCUUACGAUGAUGAUGAUGAUAAUCUUUCCAGAAAUAAAUUAAGAGAAAAAUAUGUAACUAAGUUGGACGUACCGGGUGACCUAGAUCCCGAAAAUAAUUUGGAGCUUCCAAGAUUAAGAAAUAAUAAAUGGUCGAAUGACGUCGUCGAAUGGAAGCUGCUGCCAGUAAUAAAAAAUUCGCAUUAUGACGAUCGUGCCUUAUCACACCUUCGUUUAACAGAAGAGGAAAUACCUAUAUCAAACAACAUCAGAGAUGUCGAAAUUAAUCCAAAUGUUUAUUUAAAUAGCGACAAAUUUCAGCGAUUGAAACAUCGUAGAAGGCGAAAUGGUGUCUUUAAUAUUUCGCCUGUAUUAAGAAUAAUCGACGACGAUGAUAGUCUUGCGCGCAGAAUUCGUUCGAAAAUAAAACGAGCGUCUGAAAUAGCGGAGUUGAAAGAUUUACGAGUAGAUCCCAAAAUUUCUCUUAAAGCUAGAAAAUUCCCUCGACCGAGGAACAACAAAAGAUCGAACAGCGUUGCGGAAUUUGAAGUGCCUUUCAUAUUGAAAAAUUAUCGUAAGCUCCGUGAAAUAUCUAGCCAUGGCCCAGAGCUCGACGAUCGACUGAUCUACAACAAAGUCGACUUGCCGUAUCGAUAUUACGAUUACUCGCCGACCUUUCACUACGUUCCGAAUAUUCUUAGGAGCGACGCGUAUCGAUAUCCCACGGGAGCAUAUCUCGAGUAUCGCCCCUUUAAAGAGCAGAGUCGCGACUCGAAUCGACGAGUCGCGAGCCGGAAAAGAUUUCGCUUGAAAACCUCGGGAGAAGAAGUCGUCGAUUUUCCGGCGGAUAAUUUAGCGAGCAAGACCUCCAAGUUCAGUCCCGUGCGCGAAAAGUUUCUCGUGCAAACCGACGAACCGGCUCUCGCGAGUCGCAAAGAUUAUUUCGCGUUCAGCAAAACGAAAUUUGCACGGGAGACAAGGAGAGAUAACGACACAAAAUCGGGAGAGCAAGCGAAUCUUUCGAGCAAUAUAAGAAUUUAAUUUCGCGCGAAUAAUUAUUUUUUUUUGUAGCUAAAAAUGCGAUGUAAUGUGAUGUAAUAUGGGAAAAAAAUCGAACAAUUUGCAAAGUAGUGUGAUCAAUUCCGAGUGUGAAGAAGAAUAUUCGAAAUUAUAUCGCGUUAUACUGCGUCGCGCUUUCAGAUUGAAUCGCGAUGCGAUAAUUGCCAAUGAGCGUCUAAAUAAUUUCAUCGGAUAAAUCAGAUAAAUCGUCGAUGCGCGUUAUCGUAAUUGACACAUUCGCCGUAUCUACGCGCCAGACAAGCCUGUGAAACCUCGUAAAUCGUCCUAGCUCGGCCGGGAUGAACUCGGUGUCGUCGCGUGUUUGCAGUGCCGUUCGCAUUAAUCCAUCUAUGCGAAGACCACUACUGCAGUGCAGUUUAAUGGUACCUCCCAAUAAUUAGAUUAACAGAUUCUGUCAA